ACUCACAAACGGAUGUGAUGAUGAAGCAGCGCUGAGCCGCGACGACAGUCAGCUCGGACCAUGGCGGAAGAGGACGACGCGGGGAUUCGGGUUUUACAGAGUCUGCGGGGUAAAAUAUGUGAAGCUAAGAACCUGGGUCCGGUCUCGGGUCCAAAUCGACAAAGGGAUCUCUGUACAUUUUGCACCAUAAGUCUGGAUCAGGAGGAAGUGUUUCGCACCAAGGUGUUGGAUAAAAGCAUCAGCCCCUUCUAUGGAGAGGACUUCUACUUCGAGAUCCCGCGGCCAUUUCAGUGUUUAUCCUUUUACGUUUAUGCCAAGGGCGUUUUCCAAAGGGAUUUACCUGUUGGCAAAGUGUCAAUCCGGAAGGAUGAUCUAUGUAAAUAUAGCGGAAAGGAGCACUGGUGUAGUCUGCAGCCAGUCGAUCCAAACUCAGAAGUUCAGGGUAAGGUUCACCUUGAGAUGCGACUGAAUGAAGUGAUCACGGAGAACGGCACAGUGGGUCAGCACUUACUGGUCCGGAUAAUCGAGUGCAAGGAGCUGCCUUUGAUCAGUGGACAGAACUGUGACCCCUACGCCACUGUGUCACUUGUUGGACCUGCCAGAUCAGACCAAAAGAAAACAAAAGUAAAGAAGAAAACCAGCAACCCUUCUUUUGAAGAAACCUUCUCUUUUGAGGUCACGCGGCCCAGCAGCUACUCUAAAAAGUCUAAUUUCCAGGUGGAGGAGGAGGACAUUGAAAAGCUCGAGAUCAAAGUGGAUCUGUGGAACAACGAGAAUCUGGCGCAGGAUGUGUUUCUGGGUGAGACUCGAGUGCCCGUCAAGAUCCUGCGAAAUGACCUAAUGCACAAAGCUUGGUAUCUCCUCCAGCCCAAAGGGAACGGCAGCAAAUCCAAGUCAGAUGAUUUAGGAUCCUUACGAUUGAAGCUGACCUACAUUGAAGACACAGUGCUGCCAUCUGCCUGCUACAAACCUCUCUGCAACCUGCUGCUGAAAUCCCCAGAGGCCAAGCUUAUUUCCGCAUCAGCAGCCCACAUCUUGGGGGACAUCUGCAGAGAGCGAUAUGAGGUCGUUCUGCCCAUGGUUCGACUGCUGCUCUACCACAAUCGCUUUGUGCCUUUUGUCUCUGCGGUGGCAGCACUAGAGCUGGACAACACUCAGGAGGCUAACACUAUAUUUCGUGGCAACUCACUGGCAACACGCUGCAUUGAUGACAUGAUGAAGAUUGUGGGAAAGAGUUACCUAGCUGUUACCUUGAAGCCUGUUUUAGAUGAGAUUUGUGAAUCCAACAAAACAUGCGAAAUAGACCCCAUUAAACUAAAGGAAGGUGACAAUGUGGAGGUGAACAAGGAAAACCUUCAGGUGUAUGUGCAGAAGGUCUUCUCCUCCAUCACCCAGUCCAGUUCUAGCUGCCCUCCUCUCAUGUGUGACGUCUUCAGAUCUUUACGACACUUGGCCUGCAAACGCUUCCCAGGUGACCCACAUGUUCAGUACUCGGCGGUUAGCAGCUUUGUGUUCCUGCGGUUCUUUGCCGUGGCCGUUCUUUCUCCGCACUCUUUCCAGCUCCGUUCUCAUCACCCUGACUCUGAUAUUUCCCGGACUCUCACCCUGAUCUCAAAAACCAUCCAGACUCUGGGCAGCUGGGGUAGUUUGUCAAAGAAACUGUCCAGUUUCAAAGAAACCUACAUGUAUGACUUCUACAAAUCAUUCCAAGAGGAAAAGUGUAUUGCAAAAGUUAAAAAGUUUCUUGAUGAAAUCUCCUCCAAUGUUAGUAAGGAGUCCAGUGGAUUGGACGGUGCUGUGGUUCUCAAGGAGGGGGAAGUACAGAAACGUGGUCAGGGUAAAAAGCGUAUUGGCAAGAGGAACUUUAAAAAAAGAUGGCUCCGGGUGACCAACAAGGAGCUCUCCUACCACAAACACAAAGGGAAAGAGGCUCUCUGCAUCAUCAGUGUAAAAAAUAUCAAGGCAGUGGAGAAACUCGAUGAAAGUGCCUUUAACCGCAAAAAUAUGUUUCAGGUGGUCCACUCAGAGAUCCCUCUGUAUGUUCAGGCAGGAAACUGCGUGGAAGCAUGUGAGUGGUUGGAGAUCCUCGGCCAGGUCAGCCGCUGCAACGAAGGACGUCUGACCACUUUCCACCCGUCAAAUUACACCAGUGGAGCCUGGCAGUGUUGCAAAAAUCAAAGUAGCGGCGCGCCAGGCUGUAAGCCCUGCACAGCCACCGUGCUGGCCAACUUGCAGCUGGACAUAGACUGUGACCGGGAAACGGAGAGGAUUUUCUCCCUCCUCUCUGUGAACCACACCAAGCUCCAGAACAUGGAGGACGCAUGUGCUAGUAUGGCGGUGUACCAGGGCCCCCAGCGGGAGCAGGAGGAGUACUCCAAGUUCACCAUCCAGGAACCCAAAGAGACCUUUCACACACUCAAACAUCUCCGGAACAUCAUGGAGGAGCUGCAGAGGGAGCACAACAACCGCACUGACAACCCGGCGCAGUACGGCACCCUCGACAACCCCAUCGUGGGGAAGACGUCUUAACCCGGGUGGGCAGGUGUGGCCUGAAACAGCCGUGCCAGCAGGUGUCACCACAGAGUCUGAGCAGUCCUGAAGGAGCCCCAUCCAGCGUCCCAGCGAGAGAGGCCGCUCUACGACCAGGAGAAUGAUACACACCGUGACCUCCAUACGUCUUUGUUCUCCUAUUCUUCUGUUUUUAUUUUUUCUUUUAUAUUGAUUCAUCUCCCACUCUCAACGAUAGACUGUAUUUUAUUUAUGUCAACUCUUAUGUUAACAGUUGUGUGACAGAGGCAUCAUUAGAUGGUGUGUGAAUAGGCUGCUAUUUUUGUUUUAAAUUCACUGUUUUACAUUUAACAGCUGUGACGACACCCAUUUUAUUUUUUUAAACAUUUAACUUGAUCAUCUGUUUUCAGAGUUCAUUAAUAUUCAUCACUGGAGGAUUUUCCUCUGUCUGGGACCCUAAAAUCUUCUUCAGGUCUUUUAGUGCCCUUCCUUUUCUGAACAAAUGUGUGUUGUGCGCAUGCGUAUAUAAAUGUUUGUAGAUUUAUGUGGAAACCAAUCUGCCUUAUUUUGAUGGAUGUUUCUUUGACAUUUAAUGCUGAGGAAAUAAUGCAGACGCACUUUAAAUAUUUGGAAAUUGUCCAAAUGAAAACUAUUAGAUACUUGGUAUCAGCUUUCAUCAUUUUGAUCAGUUACAUGAUCACAAUUACAUUUUCUUUUCUUUUUUUUUUCAUUCUCGUUUCAUUCCUGUACAAUAAGAUUUAUAGCCUGUAGAUUUUAACAUAUUUUUCUUGACCAAAGACAUCCUCUUUGACAUAGGUGUAUGUGUAUUUUGAAUACAAAGGGUUUGAAAGUUAGACAAAUCGUAUGUACAAUUUAUACAUAUAUAAAUAUAUAUAUAUAUAUAAGUGUGCGUGUGUGGAUAAUAUAAAAAAUGUGUGUUUAGUUUGUGUGCAGUUUUGUUAUCACAUUGUUUAACUUGAGGUGAGCAGUUUGCAUGUGUUCAUGUUUGAAUUCUGAUAGCACAACUGUGGUGUUCAUUGUGAUUGUGAGCCGGUUUGGUACGGCGUCCAUCAGAUCUGUGCCAUCGUAUCCACAGCCUCCCAGGGGAAGUAAAGAGGGGCGGCGUGCAGAUCAGAAUCAAUCAGGAUAACAAAUGAUCCCUGUCCCCUCUGAGUAUCAGCCAAUCCCAGCACCCACGUUUGUUUGCACCAGCAGCAUCCUCCGCUCCAGCUGUCAGGUUUUGGCUUUUUUAUUUCAGUUUAGUGCUUGUUUGAAAUGUGGCGCUCUGCAGAUCAGAGUUCAGAUGUUGAUGGAAUUAUCCCGUUAGCUUUUACAAACUGCAGUCCACUGCCUAGUGAAGACAUUUUUUUGGGGAAAAAAUUGAUUUAUUGAUAAGUAAUCAUAAAGCAGAGUUAAUGGACUGCUCCCAAAGGGUUUAUGAACCCCUUAAAAUGUUUUGUAAAUGCUUUUUAGUUUUUCAUUUAUUAGCAAGCAAAUCCAUUUUGGACCAAAACCAGCAAAUUUCUCAGAUUUUGACUGAUUUUUUUUUUUUUUUUUAAUUUAUUUAUUUUAUUUUGACUGCAUGGAAAACGCUGGAGGAUGGUGACAAACGAUCAGCCUGAUUCAGUUGGGUUUUUUUCAGCUUUUUUGUACAUGUCUGUGUUCACUCCUGUACUCAUUUGAACAAUGAAGAAAAAGAAACUUGAAUUAGUUUUAAAACGUCGGACAUUCCACACUGGUGAAACAGGGUCAACCACAUAUCCGUCUGUGUGCAGAUGAGUUAUCUCUGACAUGCAUGUCUUGUUUAUUUAACAAUCUACUUUUCAAGAAAAAAAAAAGAAAAAGAAAAAGUUUUUGUAUCCUUUUUUUUUUUUAAUUCUGAUUUAAUGUGUUGCUAUGGUGAUACCAACCGUGGUUUUUGGUCUGCAGUGAUUUGAGGCUGCUUUGUUUUCAUCUCUUUGCACUUAGCUGCAAAACUUCCACUCGUCCAAGUUAAUGUGAGUUCACUCGGAUUAAAACGGCUGGAACUCUGGAAACACAGUAUUGCUGUUGAAUGACUCGGCAUUCAGUGAAAACUGUCAUUUUAGUACGGCUAGAACAAUUUUACUUUAGAUUAAAUUUGUGUCACAGUAUCUGGAUUUCAAAUGGGUAAGAGAUCACUGCAGAUAUGAGUGGUAUCAUGUUUAUCAGCUUGAGUUCUAGUUUUCGACCAAUGGAAGAAUUUUAAUGUGGUGCGUUUCAUAUCAGGUGGAAUAUUUAUUUUCCUUUUCUAAAUUCAUCUGCUGAUGUCCUUCUGCCUGUAAUAAGGGAUUUUUCUCUGUUGGCACAUUGUCCUAAAACACAAACGGUGCCGUGAGCAUGAGCUACAUGUGGAACUACAGGACGUUGUCUUUUGCAGCCAGUUGCAAAUCAACUUCACCAAAUGGAAAGGGAAGCAUUUAUAUUUGCUUUGAUCUGUCAGAUGAAUAAUACCAGUUAGGAUGUUAGCCAGCCUGCACAUCUGAUGUGAGUUCUUUUGAGCUGGAUCAAUUAUGGAGUUUGUGACCCUGGUUAAGCUCUACAACAACCUGUCGGAUGCUUUUACAAAUGUAAAACAAGCCAAUUCCUUCCAAUCAAUACGUCUGUGUCAACGCAGAGUGAGAUUGCAAAAGGAAGUCUAAAUGCUUUGUUGGAUGUUUUCUUUUCAGUUAACAAGCUUCUUCCUGUCGAGCAUACAGUGAGUAUUUGCAGAAAGUGGGGGGUGUCUGCACAUAUCCAACUCAUAGAUGCCUCAGCCUCAUUGUCUUUUUUUUUUAAACUCAUGAUCUUUUGCAUUUACAGACCAUGCUGUCUAUGUUCUGAAUAAACACUUUGUUGACAGUU